AUGUUAUAUAAUUCAAACAACGCAGAAAAAGUAAAAAAAAUAUUAACUCCUUUAGCUUUAAAGGCAAAAUAUAUUAUAGAUAUAAUAGUAGAUGCUAUUUUAUACGUGUUAGAACAGAUAAAAGCUAAAUUAGAACAACAUUUAAUACAAAAGAAAACACCAUAUAAAACUUAUAUAUUACGUAAACUAUACGCUGUAUUGUUUGCGUUAGUAAAUGUUACAGUUACAUGUCUUUAUUUACCUUUUCAUAUAAUGCCCAAAAAAUAUAUAGCUUGUUUUUUCAGUGUUAUUAAUUCUCUUAUUAACAUGAAAUUAAUAAAAAACCCAAGCAAAAUAAAAAUUAAUAAAACUGUAAAAAGAGUUAUAAUAGAUAACUCAUUUUUAAAUUAA